GCUGCCAACUGCUUUGUUAUUUAUUAUGUCAGAUUGUUGUAAUGUUGUGUAUUGUGACUUUCGCUGUUUUUUAGUUAAUUAUCCUAGAAAUUGUAAUAACCAUGAGCUUUAAAGACCGCUGCCGAACUUGCCUAGGCAAAAGCAACGAAAUGCGCCAUGUUCAUGCAUCAAUAAUCAUAUCUGAACAAGAGAUACGUUUGUCUGAUAUAUUGUAUAAUUUCUACAGUUAUCAGGUCUCACAAGAACCAGAUUAUCCAGAAAAUAUUUGUAUCAACUGUGUUCACCAAUUGACUUUAACUCACGCGUUCAAAACACUUAUAGAAACUAGUGCCAACACUUUAGCAGGCAAUACUCCUAUAGAAACCAACAGCGACAAUAAUGAUUGCCCUGCUGACUAUGAAAUGGAGUAUAAACCAGAUACCGAUUCCAAAAUUGACAUACAAUACGACACUCUACAACCAUCUCCCAUAGAAACAUACCAACCCAAAUCAUUACCAAAAUCUUACAAACUCAAACCCAUAGUGCCUGUGAAACGAGACAGACGUAGAAUGAUAAUAAAAAGAGUGAGUAACAUAGAAAGGCAACUCUAUUGUGUUGAAUGUAAAGCUGAAUUUAAUUGUAACAAGUCUCUUAUGGACCACUGUACUGACAAUCACCCUGUAAGAUCUACAACGGGCAGAGAUUGCCAAUAUUGCGAAGAAAAAUUUGAAGACUUCAAAGAACUAGUUAUACAUCGCAAACUCCACUUAAAACCUUAUUUAUGUAUGACAUGCUGGAGUGGAUUUUAUACAGAAAAUGAAUAUACAACGCACAAAUGUCAACCGAAUCAGAAUAGAAGACGAAAGGAUACUGAAAAAGUUUUACAGCAAUGUGACCAAUGUGGCAAGUCCUACCCGCCAGGGUAUAUUAAGGUUCACAUGAUGACUCAUGGCAAUGAACUCAAAUACAGUUGUAAAUAUUGUCCGAAGAAGUUCAAAGUGGCUAAUGGACUUAAUUCGCACAUUCUUUGGAAUCAUAAGAGAACUCGCGAUCAUAAAUGCGACGUUUGCGGUGCUACAUUCAUUUCAGCCAGUGCAAGAAGCACACAUAUACGUAAAAACCAUUUAAAGGAGAAAAAAUACGGAUGUGAAAGUUGUGCCAAACGUUUCUUCUCGAAAUCUGAAUUGCAACGUCAUAUGUUGACACAUACGGGUGUGAAAAACUUCCACUGCCAUCUGUGUGAUAAAUCUUACCAAACUAGAUAUGGAUUGAAUGUUCAUUUGAAAUCACAUGCACAUUUGAGCAUAAAUGUACUUGGUUUAUAAAUAAUUAAAAAAUAAAACAAAUUGAUCUCAUGAUAUUCAAUGAAAAAUUAUUAAGAUGUCUCUGAUUACUUGUGGUUUUGCCCAAACAAAAGAGAAGGAUAGGGUGACUUUGGUAGAUACAAUAUUUACACUUCUCAUCAAAAAGUUACAAGAACACAAAUACAAGAAGUUAAAGUUAGGGAAACAAAAAACACCUUUACAGCGUCUAUUACAGAGUUUUUAUUUCUUAAAGUUCCUAAUUCAAAUUUUAAAUUUCUUCUUCUAAUUAAUUCUUUUGUUGAACUAAAAUUUGCAUGUGUUACUUUUUUAAUGAGCAGUGUAGGUAUGUUGUAGCUUUUAAAAAACCGACUAAGAUUUGAAGAAUGGUGAUUUUUUAUCCUAAAUAAUGAUAAAAACAGUCCCAGUUCUUAAAGAGACAAUUAUAGUUUAAAAGUACUUGAAUAGUUAUUAGUUACAUUGUUUUUUCUAUUCUCCACACUAAAAGGGUCAUCAGAAGUUAUCUGUAAACACAGAUUAUGGAACUAACUUUAAUUAAUGACUAGAUUAUUUAUGAUUAAUGACUGUUAAUAGAUUAUUCGCUCCCAAUACGCAUUUUAGAUGUGUACAAAAAUGGUCAAAUAUAAUUUAAAGAAAUUAC